AUGGCCUUGAAGCAGGACUUGGACAAGAUGAAGCUGAGCAAGGUCAAGGAGAUGGCAAGCCGAGCGCAUGACCACAAGGACUUGAUCCGAAAGUUCAUCCGGCACUACGAGUGCGAGGACAGCCGCGACGGCAAGUAUGGUGGCCUCAAGUACAAGGCAAUGAUGCAGAAGGCGGUGAACAACUUGAUUGGCACCAUCGUCAUCGAGCUUGACGACGUGGAGCGCUUCUGCAAGAAGGAGUUGCUAGAGCCAGAUGCAGACAUGGGCGAUUCGAGCGGACAGUUGAAACAGUCCAUCGAGCAACUCGUGGGCGCUAUUGAGGCUCACACGCCCCGCUACCAGGGCUUCUUCUAUGAGAUCUGCGAUGCCGAGCAGCCGGCGAGGGAUGAGAACUACAGAGCGGAGGGGGCUGCAAGGGCGCGCGACGAGCUCCAGGAUUGGCGCGAGCGCUUGAAUGCGCAGGAGGCCACUGGCGGCCUGGACAAGUCUAUGGGUGUGCCUGCCAGACUCCGGAACCCUUGGGAUAUCCGGUUCAAACCCCGGGCAUCGGCCGCUUCCAUGACCAUGCGACAGAUCAAGGGCGAUGCUGUCGGCCAUUUGGUGCAGAUGGACUGCCUGGUGGUCAGCGUGCAGCAGGUCAAGCCGAAGGUGCAGAUUGUCACCUACCAUUGCCAGACCUGUGGUUCCGAAAUCUUCCAGUCCGUUGAGGGGGACACGUACACGCCCCCGAAGGAGUGCCCCUCCGCGAAAUGCAAAGAGAACAAGCAGUCUGGCAACCUCCGCCGCAACGUCCGCACGUGCGCCUUCACUCGUCACGAAGAGGUGAAGGUCCAGGAGCUCGCGGAGCACGUCCCGACUGGUGGAAUCCCCAGGACGAUGACGGUGCAAGCAGAAGGAGACCUCACGCGCCAGGUCGCCCCGGGCCAAGCCAUCACACUGACCGGCGUGUAUUACCCCCACGAGCUGCCCUAUUUCAUGAGGCUGAGGCAAGCAAGCGCCAUGACGCAGAAGAUGUUCAUCGAAGCCCACCACUUCCAGAAGCACAAGAGUGGCUAUGGCGAGAGCACUGCUGACGAGGGCCAGAUGCAGAACAAGAUCAACGAGGCGUUUGAAAGCCGCGGCAGCCUCUAUGAGGCCGCGUCGAAGUCGAUCGCCCCCGAGAUCUUCGGGCAUCAGGACCUGAAGAAGGCCCUUCUGUUGGUGCUGAUCGGUGCGCCCACCAAGCAGAUGAAGGAUGGCUUAAAGAUCCGCGGGGACAUCCACACGCUGAUGAUGGGCGACCCCGGUGUGGCCAAGAGUCAGUUGCUGAAGCAGGUGACCCACAUCGCUCCGCGCUCCGUGUACACCUCGGGCAAGGGCUCCAGCUCCGCAGGAUUGACGGCCAGCGUGAACCGGGACAAUGCCACCGGCGACGUCACUCUGGAAGGUGGUGCACUGGUCAUGGCUGAUAUGGGGGUGUGCUGCAUCGAUGAGUUUGACAAAAUGGAUGAGAGGGACAGAACUGCUAUCCACGAAGUCAUGGAGCAGCAGACCAUCAGCAUCGCAAAGGCAGGGAUCACCACCACCUUGAACUGCCGGACGACCGUCCUGGCGGCAGCCAACCCUGUCUACGGGCGAUACAACCCGUACAAGUCGCCGGUGGAGAACAUCGACCUCCCCGCUGCACUCCUUUCCCGCUUUGACCUUGUUUUCUUGCUGCUUGACACCGUGGAGUGCGACAAGGACAAGCAGCUUGCCAAGCACGUCGCCGGCGUGCGGAGCAACUACCAGCGGCAGCAGGAGACUGAAACCAGGGAAGCUGACGAUGUGCUCAACCUCGGGUUCAAACCCUUCGAUCACAAGUUCAUGCGCGCAUACAUCAAGAAGGCCAAAAGCUUCGACCCCUUCUUGGACAAAGCCCUCGUUGGGGAGAUGGCUGAUGCUUACGUGUCGAUCCGUGAUGACGAGAAGCGCGAUGGCCUUGAGUCAAAGAAGUCCUACACGACUCCCCGCACCCUUCUGGCCAUUGCGCGCCUCUCGCAGGCCCAUGCCCGCGCUCGCUUCUCCGAACGCGUGGAAAGGCAAGACUUCGAGGAGGCCAUGCGCCUGAUGAAGGCCUCCAAGGAGAGCAUUGAGCUUAGCCUGCCGGCAAAGAGGGGCGAGAACCCCAUGAACAUUGUGUACGAUAUCGUCUCUGACCUCUCCCGACGGGACGCCGCACGGAAGUCGGACGGUUGGGUGGACCUUGCGCACGUGGUGUCCAUGGCCGGCCACAAGGCUCUGCCGGAGGAGCUGGUUAUGGAGGCCAUCGGUACAUGGUGCAGCGUGUCUGCCAUGAGCAUCAACCAUGAGAAAACCAUGGUCCAGUUCGUCGUUCCUGAUGGGGAGGGUACUUGCAACAUUCCGCAGCCGCCUCCGGCAGCUGGGGUCUUGCGGCCAGUGGGGGGCCCCAUGCCUCCAGCGGAGCAGGCUUUGCGAAUGUCGCGGCUGAAGCGGCGGAAGGAGCUGUGCGACAAUCUCGCAGCCGACAUCAGUCGAGACUUGACAGUCAUACUGCAAGACAAGUGGGUGGCUGUGGUCAGCAAAGGGCAAGAGUUCACCCGUUUUCGUUCAUGCGCCGCGAAGGUGCAUGAGAGCAUGAAGGUAGGCAUUCAUGCAUGUAUGCUGGUGGAGAGACAUGCAACAGUCAAGGUUGUGGCCAUUGCAAAGCCAUGGCAGGUCCUUCGAAUCCUUCAGGGUGUCGGGCUUGAAGCAUCGAAUGGCAAGGGCUGUGUAAUUCAUGCCAAGGAGGAGGCCGCCGCCACUGCAGACCGAGAAGGAGUGGACAGCGUUGAGAUGAAGCGCGUGGAGGAGAUUCAGCUGCGAGCUGCUGGCAAGUACCGCAGCCAAAGCAACAUCCAGGCCAAGGAGGUCGAGCUCGCCGUCCAGCAGAAGGAUGAGCCACCUCCAGCGGAAUGCCCCUUCAGGGCAUGCAAGAUCGCGCAGUUGCGCCACAAGAAGGACGUCGGCAUACUAGAGACCAAUGUUCCCAUGGAUGAGUCGGACCCCGAUGGUUCGCGAUCUGGGCUCCUGGAAUCCGGCCUAGGGCCUUGGGUCAUUGUCCUGGGCCUGCCACCCCAAAGGCCGGGCGGCCGAUGGCGCCACCAGAAAGAGUGGCACGACUUCUUGUGA